UCCACAUCCACACCCGCACCCACCAGGCACGAUUCCCCCAGGGUAUUUCUUUUGCGAUCAGUAUACCCUUUUGCUCUCUUCAGUUUCUUCUACUGCCACGACUAUCUUUUGCCUUGCGUGCUGAUACCUCACUGGCGCGUUACUUCUAUUUCUCUUUCCUCCCUCUUUUCUUUCUUCCUUUCUCCCUUCACCUUUCUCCCCCCGUACCUUGAUCAUCUAGUCACACCAACUUCCUCUUGCCCGCGACAACCCAUCAACAAUCUGCUACAGUCAGACGCACGUUGCCCAUUAUGCCGGACGUCAAACGUUCGAUCAAAAUCAUCACCGAACAGAAGCAAAUUCCCGGUGCCGACAGCGGAGUCGCUGGUUUCCCUUUGCGCCACUGGUCGAUGAAGAUUGUUCUUCUCCAUGCGGACACAAAGCAAGAGAUUGAUGCGGAUGUCUUCGAGUCGGUCACCUAUCUUCUGCACGAGUCGUUCGGUGACAAAGCAAAACAAACCUUCAAGAAGCCACCAUUCCGCGUCGCUGAAGAUGGGUGGGGCGAAUUCGAGCUGAAGAUUGAGCUGAAGGAUCUCAGCGGCAAGACUCAUCACAUCCUUCAUGACCUCAACUUCAACAGUAGCCGCUACGAGACCAAACAGAUCAUCACCUUCAAGAAUCCCAAAGGUGCGCUACUCGAAGCCCUUCGAAACUCCGGUCCCAUUCCAGGUGAGGCGGCGACAAAUGGAGCAGACGCCCCGAGCAAGAAACGUGCUAGUGAGGUCGGCGCUGGUGGUGCACCCAAGAAGAAGAAAGGUGCGGACAAGGGCGUCGACAUGGACAAAUUGGCCGAAGGUCUCCAGAAACUCGGCGAAGACGAUCUCCUUCAGGUGGUGCAGAUGGUCCACGACAACAAGAGCGAAGAUUCAUGGAUGAGGAAUGACAUCGAGCAGGGUGAGUUCCAUGUCGAUCUGUACACCUUGCCGGAGAACCUCAUCAAGAUGCUCUGGGACUUCACCAACGAGAAGAAUGCCAUAUCCGCAUCUGCAUAGAUAGUCCAGCCAAGGCAUGCAUGUCAGCCGUGACAGGCGCAUGAACCGCUUUGAUUGGCAUUCCAGUCAUCGCGUGGUAAUGCCCGUGUCAUUCCUCACCAAGCACUGCUAUGCCGGCUCACCAGCAGCAUUUCUUUGCUGCCGCGGACAGGGGGUGGUGAAUAUCCAUUCGCACCUUUGUAUCAUCACCACGAUUCAUUGCGAGCAAAGGUCCAUCAUCGGCUUUUGAACCAUCCUCCAUGCGCUCAGCCGGUACCUUUGCAAUCAACCGCUGAGAUUUGUACCGAUAUAUCCCCCCACUUGCUACUACCAUAUCAUCACCGAGCUUUUUGGCGCCCUUUAAAUCAGUCUAACCUUGCACCCUUUCCGCUUCGAAUCUACGGAGCUAUUGCUACACAUACCACCUCAUCCAACGACCGGGCUAUUUUGAUACCACACUACUUUACGAUUGCUAUUGCCAUUGCUAUCGCCAGUAUGCGCUGGCUUACCUUCCGGAAGGGCAGUUUCAACCAUUAUCGCGCGUUGAUGCAUACAUUCCGGCUGAACUUUUCAACCCUUCACCAAUCUGUCACGCACUGACAGGACAGGACGACGCACGUGGUCGUCUGCUGUGCAUUCAAAGAAAGCAGUGCGUGACUGUCUGGGGCGGAUUCUACUGGAGUGAGCAUGGGUGAACGGGCACAUUGGCGCAGGCAUAUGAGCUUCCAACUUGAGCUUCAGACAUGGACAAGGACAGGAAGACAAGGAAUGAGUUGAGGUGCCUUAGCUUAGCCUAGCCCAUGACUUUCCAUGCCCAUGAUGGCGCCGAAAGUGGCAAUCUCUGCUGCUCUAAUAGAUAGGAUAGCUCUUUGCCUCUACCAGUAGGCCAGGCCCCUUACGUAGACAUGAACAAAUCUGCCCACGGCAAAUCUAGGCUAGUUCAGAGCGUUCGAUGUAGAAGCCAUGCACCACAACGAACUUCCCGUACUGUUAAAUUGCGUGUAUGAGGCAUAGCUGCAUAGCAGGGAAUACUAGCGUCAAGUCUUGGCCAUUGGCAUAAUAUCGUCUAUAAUACAAUUGAUUGACAUGACC